AUGAUAUCCGAAGCUCAGCUAUGCACCACAUUUUACGACACUACUUGCCCGGAUGUGUCGAAUAUCGUCGCUAAUCAAAUUAGUCAAGCUUUAGUCAAGGACUCGCGCAUCGGCGCAAGCCUCAUUCGUCUCCAUUUUCACGAUUGCUUCGUUCAGGGAUGCGACGCGUCUAUUUUGUUAGACGACAACACCACAGUGCCGAUCGUGAGCGAGAAAAGCGCGGCCCCCAAUGCCAACUCGGCCCGCGGAUUUGAUGUGAUCGACGACAUAAAAACUGCUGUGGAGGCCGCAUGCCCGGGAAUCGUGUCGUGUGCCGACAUCCUAGCCCUAGCCGCUGAGUCUGCCGCAGGAGGCCCGUCGUGGUCCGUACUUUUGGGAAGAAACGACAGCCUAACAGCAAACCAAGCCCUGGCGAACACGUCUAUCCCGGCGCCAACUGAGUCCUUAGCCAACAUCACGUCUAAAUUUAUGGCGUUCGGUCUUAACCUUACCGAUGUAGUUGUAUUAUCAGGGGCCCACACGUUCGGGCGUGCACGCUGUGCGACAUUCUCCUCCAGGCUGUACAAUUUCAACGGGACCGGUCAGCCCGACCCGUCUCUGGACGCGACGUACCUGAAGAGCCUCCAGACGCUGUGCCCGCAAAACGGGACAAACACGACGGGAUUGUUGGGAAAUUUGGACCCGACCACACCCGACCAGUUCGACAACAACUACUACACGAACCUGAUGAGUCAGCAGGGUUUGCUUGAGUCGGACCAGGUGUUGUAUUCUAACAAUGCCGACAAUCUGUCGAAGUUGGCCAGGGGGAUUGUACAGCUGUUCAGUGCCAACGAGGCAGCUUUUUUCGAGAUGUUUAAGGAGUCGAUGGUGAAGAUGGGGAACAUCAAGUCGGACCAGCCUGGAGGGAGGGUGAGGACCAACUGCAGGAUGGUCAACGGCAGUUGA